UACGCUUACGCACACAGACACAGACACUCCUAUUUUUCUUUUUCACAAAACCCUCGUCCCUCGCUCACGUACCGUCCACCGUCCGCCGGCCGCCGCCCUCCACCCGCACUGUAGCAGCCGUCGCCCUGCUUGUCCGCCGGCGCCUUCGCCCUCCUGUUUUUUUGUUUCAUAUUUGGUCUUGCCAAUCCUCUGUUGCAUUAUUUUCCGGUGAGUUGUAUUUUAUUUUAUUCUCGCAAAUGCUGGCUAUAUUUUGAUGCAUUGAUCAAUUUGAAGCUAAUUUUGUUGUCAAAAAAUAUUUGUAUAGAAGAAAUUUCAAUUUUGAUUGUGUUCGUCCCAAGUUUCUUUAAGUGAAUGUGGAAAACAUGGCUCUGUUUUUGCUUCACUUCUUAUAAAAUUCGAAUUAGUAAGAAUGAAUCAUAUGCUUAAGUCUCGAGCAUUGAACUCCAUACAAUUGAAUAGCUAUCAUGUAAUCUAUUUGGAGCCUUUUUUUUUUGCUGCCUCUAAUUUUAUAGUUAAUCUAUUGCUGCAAUGUGUUGCAGUAUAAGUUUUUGGGGGGAAAAUGAUUAUUGUUGUAAUAAGCUGAAGAAUGAGUUUGGUCUUGGAAGUUUAGAGAGGAUCAGAACCUAGCUGGUGAGAUUUGGCUUCUGCUCAUUCUCCAGUGAUUGGGAGAAUAUAAAAUCCCUUCAACAAUUAGAGCAAUGGGGCUGCCAAUCCCUGCACUGAUCCCUAUUGGCAUCGUCACCAAGAAAAACAUCAUCAUAAUCGUCUGACUUGAAUUUCGCCUACUUACGCAUACUAGUAAUUAGACCAUAUUAGACAAAACAUUUAAGAAAAAUGAAUUAGCGACGAACUCAAUUAAUAUAUUUUUCUUUUCCUUGUGGAGAACAAGAGAAGGAAACAAGGUGGUCCAGAAAAAUUCAAGGUAAGUGAAAAAGGCAAUGGGGGCUAUAUUUUUUGGAAUUAAUUAUUAAAAAUUUAAUUUUGAAGCCAUAAGUGUAAAAAUGCAUAUUUACUAGUAUUUUAAAUUUUCAACUAUAUAUUUUAAUGAAGAGCUAUAUUGAGAAAUUUGGAGGUUUUGUAUAAAAUUACCCUUUUUUCUUUUAUCUUUAUCUUCCUUUUGUUGCGUAUUUCAUUUUCGCCAUUUCUUUUCAUAGUUUAUAGUUUAUUUCUAAAGUUGUGAAGUUUCAUGAGUUUCUUCCUCAAUCCAUUUGAUCUUUCGCUUGAUUAACUCUGCACUUAUUAUUUCCCCUUCUUUCACCUCUCAUCAUUCACACAAAUCGGGAUAAUGUGACGGGCAACAACUCUCAAUUGAAAUUGAAUCCCUUCUUCCCAAAUUCGAAUUUGUAGGAAUGUAAGGUGGGAUUUUUCGGCAUUUAUAUGAAGACAAUUGUAGGUGAUAACUUCUCUAGAUGAUAUAAUCGGGGAUCCAGUUAUUUAUGUGGAUACAAUGAACGUUGUUUCCAGAAAGAGCCGCCACUUAUUAUCUGUCGAACCAUUAUCAUCAUCUUCAGCUCAGUUCGUCUCUCCUCUCCAAAACCUGAAGGUCUCCACAGACAGAGGAGAUACACCUGCUGAAACUACAGCUACGGAAACAGUAUUUACUAGGAAAAGCAAAUACAUUUGCCAUGAGUCCGCCAUCAACUUCAUAAAACGUGAGAAAAACCCAGAAAACGCGUUGGAAAUAUUUAAUAAAGUAUCAUCGCAGAGGGGUUUUCAGCACAAUAAUUCCACUUAUGGGAUAAUUCUUCAUAAGCUCGCUCAGUGCAAGAAAUAUCAGGCCCUUGAUGCGGUUCUUCAUCGGAUGACCUAUGAGACAUGUAAAUUCCAUGAAGGUAUAUUCCUUAAUCUCAUGAAACAUUUCUCUAAAGCAUCCAAGCAUGAGAGAGUGCUUGAAAUGUUUUACUCUAUACUGCCUAUUGUUCGUUCACAGCCCUCCCUGAAAGCUAUUAGUACAUGUCUUAAUCUUCUGGUUGAUGCAAACGAAACUGAUUUGGCAAGGAAGUUUCUCCUGAGUACUCGGAAAGACUUCCACUUGGAGCCGAACACGUGCAUCUUUAAUAUUUUGGUCAAACAUCACUGUAGGAAAGGAGAUAUUGAAUCUUCUUUUGGAGUGAUGAAAGAGAUGGAGAAGUCUGAAGUGUCUACACCGAAUUUGAUAACCUACUCAACUGUGAUUGAUGGUCUUUGUGCAAGUGGCAGAUUAGAAGAUGCAAUUCAGUUAUUCGAGGAAAUGGUGUCUAAGCAUCAGAUAGUGCCGGAUGCGUUGACUUAUAAUGCUUUAAUCAAUGGAUUUUGUCGUGGACAGAAAACAGAUGGAGCCAAGAAAAUAAUGGAAUUUAUGAAGAAAAAUGGAUGCCAUCCCAAUAUAUUCAAUUAUUCAUCCUUAAUGAAUGGACUGUGUAAGGAUGGUAAGCUUGAGGAAGCAAAGGAAGUGUUGAACGAGAUGAAAGCCGCUGGGCUGAGUCCCGAUACUGUUGUUUACACCACUUUGAUUAAUUGGAUGUGUAGGUCUUGCAAAACGGAUGAAGCUAUCGAGCUGCUUAAGGAGAUGAAAGAAAAAGAAUGCAAGGCAGAUGAGGUAACAUUUAACGUCAUUCUGGGUGGAUUGUGCAGGGAAAACAGAUAUUAUGAGGCUCUUAACAUGCUCCAGAGGCUUCCCAGUGAUGGUGUUUAUCUUAACAAGGCUAGUUAUAGAAUCGUGUUGAAUUCUCUGUGCAAAGAAGGCGAACUUGAGAAGGCGGUGGAGCUUCUGGCUCUGAUGCUGCACAGGGGUUUUGUACCCCAUGUUGGCACGUCAAAUGAGUUAUUAGUUAGUCUUUGUAAUGCAGGAAAGGUGAACGAUGCUGUUAGGCUAUUGUUUGGGUUGGUCGAGAGGGGGUUUAAGCCAGAUCCUCCUACAUGGACUGUUCUAAUUGAUUUAAUCUGUAGAGAGAGGAAGCUGUUGCCUGCAUUUGAACUUCUUGAUGAACUGCUCGCAUAAGGCUCGUAUUUGCCAUGAUGAACUUUACAUGUCUUUGCUCAUCAGAAGAAUACCAAGGGCUCGAUAAAUGCUAAGCUUAUGAGGAAAGGCUGCAAUUCCGAGUUCCCAAAUCUUCUCAGGUAUCUCUUGAAUCAGCAUAUGCUGUCUGUAUCUGCUAGCUUCAUAAAUUGAUGCUGCAUAUAUUGUGCUUGACAUCUUGAUCCAAGUUCAGCCUUUUUGCUAUAAAAAUUUGAUGAGUUGUUUCUUGGCUUUGAUGAGGAGUUGAGGACAUUGAUGUUAAUUCAGUGAGAUGUUGUGGUUACAUUACAUAAUAUGAAACUAAUCUGUAACAGUGCAAGUGUGAAUUUUGUGCUGGGAGAAAGAAGUGAAUGUGAAGAAUGAUGAUUUUCAGUCCAA